AACCUGAAGUUUCUGGAAGCCAAAUUGAACCUAAAGAUUUAUUUUUUCAAUGUGGUCAAGCUUUUUCCUCUCUUAAUACUUUCAAAUACAUCGCUGACCAAUAUUCAGGAUCAAAUGGAUUUAAGGUUAUAUAUUACAAAGGUGGUAAUCGUAGUAAUGAUCCUAACAAAAAAGCGAGAAAUGUUGAAUCAAAAAAAUGUAGUUGUCCGUGGUCUAUUCGCCUUAAUCACAACCAAGAUGAUGAUAAAUAUUAUAUUUCACAGGCUAUACUUCACCACAACUAUUCUUUGAUUCCAGUACAGCUUAUGCGUAUUUUGCCUUCAAAUCGUGAAAUACCGGAAGAUAUCAGAGAAGAAAUUCUGCUUUCAAAAAAAGUAGGUAUUUCAGUGUUACAAAUCCAGUCAUUAUUGGUUAUGAAGUAUGGACCAGCUACAAAAAAGUGGAUGAUUCGAGAUAUAUACAAUUUAAUCAGUAGUGAUUGUAUGUUACGUAAUGAAUUCCAGGCUCAUGACUUUCUCCUUCUUCUUCAGCAAAAACAUAGAGAUAACCCUGAGUUUUCCUUUGAGUUUGAAUUAAACUGUGAUAAUCGUUUAAAGCAUUGUAACUAUUUUUCAAUGCCUUUUGGGGUUUUUACUGGUGUCACUAAUAAUGGGCUUUCUUACUGUGUUGCUGGUGCUUUACUUCGUGAUGAGACCCCCUUUAUUCGUAUUUUUGGUACUGUACCACGAACAAUUCUUACUGACAAUGAUCUUUCAAUGUCUGAUGCUAUACGUUCUAUUCUGAUGAAUAAGCACAGCACAAAACAUGGUUUAUGUAUAUGGCAUAUGCUCAAAAACAUUAGGUCAAAUAUGACCUCCAAGCUUGGUUCAAAAUAUAGUGAAUUUCAUACUGAUCUUGUUAAAUAUCUUAAUCAUUGCAUUGAUCAAAACUAUUUUUUUGCCGAUAUAUCAUCAACACAAAGAGGAGAAUCAAUGAAUAAGCUGUUAAAAGGCUUUCUUGAUCGCAAAUCUAUGCUUUCUGAUUUUUUGGCUGCUUUUGAGAGAGCAUUUGAUACACGUGAGGAGGCUAAACAUGUAUCCAAAAAAUUUGCAGCCAAAUGGAGUGCUAAAGAUGCAUAUAGAUAUGAGGAAAUAACUAAAGAUGAUGAUUUGUGUCAUUUUAAACUGUCUCGCUAUGAAAAACCUGACAAUAUACGUUGGCUUGAUUCUGUUUAUUUUCCAAAGCGUUGGCAAAAAGAUCUAUCUGAAUUGGAGCUUGCAAAGGACUAUAUAAAUUUUUAUAGCAAUGCUCAAUCACAAACUCCGGAAACUCCAACAUUACAUGAAUCAUCCAGUGAAAGUACCUCUCAAUUACGGUAUAUGCGUAUUCAUCGAUUGUCAGAAGAAAUUGUAAAUAAAAUUGCAACAGAUCCUAACAAAUGUGCUGAUUUUAUGUCAUAUCUUGAAAAAUAUUUGAAAGAAUUAUAUACUACUUCUAGUAAUGUUUUAGGUCCAAACUGUAUGUCACAUUCUAGUGAGAACAUAUUAUCAUUCUCAAAACAUCCGAUAGUUAGCAACCCAAUAAAGAGCAAGGCUGUUGGAAGACCAAAAAAAGGAAGGAUUGAAACAAGAAAGCGUGAUUGGAAACCAAAUCAAGAAUUUGAAAUAUUUAUGAAAACGCCCUAG